UAAUGAGCAUACAUUUACAUAAUUAUAUAAAAUACACGAGUGUCUGAAAUUGAAGCAAGAAAUAAUGUAAAAUAAUUUCAAAUUUAAAUCCAACUCAGAAGAUACAUUUUACAGCGGUACUUUCUUUCCAGCGCAUACUACAUGUAGUUUGCCACUGGUCUCACAAAGGUUACUUUGAUUAUUUAAAAGAUAUUUUUGUUAAUAGCACCAGCAUUAAAAGUAAAAGUAAAACUUUUUUGGACAAUGAAUUGAUACAUACAUCAUCAGUUAAAAUUUAGGCCAAAAUGAACCUUCGAUAUACGUAUGCACGAGGCGCAUGUCUUAAUACAACAAGUUACAAUCUUACUCCCUGUAGUGUGAACAUUCUGAAAGUAUCAACAGUCUUUCAAUGAAAACAUGGCUGUUGAAGUCAAAUACAAUCCAAAUGAUACAUUAAUAGUUAAUGACCAUCAAUGUUUCAUGCCCUUUGUUUAAAAGAUAGAACUCUAAGAUCAACUAAAUUAUGCAGAUGCAAAUUGUGCUGAAGUGUCUUUCAUGUCGAAAAUUUUAUUAGUUGCACAUGCAUUUGUAUAUUACUGAAAGUGUCGCGACAGUGUCUCCAUACUUUAAGAAAGAAAGAUAUCUUCAUUUAAAAACCUAGCCUGAUACGAGCAAACUCUUAUCAAACUAUCUGCACGUGGAACAGUGUAAAAAUAUAAGGGGAUCUUUUCAGAGUGCAUAUCGUUUUAAGAUGAAUAGUAAUGUCUCAAAAACAAAAUUGGUGUCAUUUAUCAGCAUUGUCAUAGCAAUUAUAAUUUUGGGACAUUAUUGGAAUAUUCACAAUGGUUAUAAAAACGAAGUAUCAAGCAGAAGCCAGUCCUCUGAUGAAAAAUUGCCUGAAGGAAGUGAUAAAAAAAGAAAAUAUAUUGUAACGAAUAACGUAGAAUUUAAAAUGGAAACAAAACAAACACAAAAGAUAUUGACGAAAUGUGGAGAUACCGAGGAAGACAUCCGGAGGUCUACUUUAGAGCAAGUUAAACCACUUUUUCCUAAAGUACCGCAAAGUCAUAAAAUUAAAAAGGGGAUUGAACCUUUAUGCCGUGAAGAUACUCGGCCAAUACCAGACAACCGUCUUACAGAUGAAGAAAGCAAAAGACAACAAUCAUGCAUCAAUAACUUUAAAACUGACCAUGCUAAAGGAAGUGGGCAAUUUUGGAGUGGUGAUACUCAAUUUAUACGUCAUAAGCAUCACAAAUACUUAAACUCGGAAAGUGUUGUUUUAGAUAUCGGUGGAAACAAGGGCGAAGAUGCAGAGGCUAUUAUAAAGGCUUACAACCCUGGUGUUUAUGUCAUAUUGGAACCAAUUAAAACAUUGUAUAAGGCAUUAAUUACUAUGUUUAAAAAGAAUCCAAAUGUCGUGUUGUACGAUUUUGGAUUGGGAAAGAAAAAUGAUAAGUUUUUUGUCAACGUAGUCGGACAUGGGGGAGAUGCUACCUCGGUGUUUAUUGAAAAUAAUAAAAAAGACUCUUGUUUACUUCGUGUAUAUAAUACCACUGAGCUUUUAAUUCGAUUAGGGGUUUCUUGUUUCGAUGUCGACCUUAUAACAAUCAAUUGUGAAGGAUGUGAGUAUGAUAUUCUCGAGACUCUGCUAUCAACCAACAUCACCCAAAGGUUCAGACAUAUACAGUUUGCAACACACCCAACACUCAAACACCUGAAACAACCUGCGGAGCGAUAUUGUGAAAUCCAAGAAAAACUUUCCAGAACUCAUGUUAUUUCAUAUCAAUAUAAAUUUUGCUGGGAAAGUUGGACAAGAAAGGAUAUUGCAACCAAAUAAAUUCCAAAAUGUAAAAGUGACUUCGUUUUAAUUCACAGUAGUUACAUUCUUAAUGCACAUUUUGUGUUUUAAAGCAUUCUAACUAAAAUCAGAAUUUUGUCUUUGUAGUUUAUUUGAAAAUUAACUUUAUUAUGGAAAAAAAGAAAACUGUACUUUCAUAAUAAAAUUCGUUUGUAAAUUUU